AUAAAAAAAAAGAAAUUUAAUUAGAUAUGUUUAUCUUAUAGUCGAUUCAACAUAAACAUCUACAAAAACAGAUUUAAAACCUUCGCGCAUAGGAGCAACAAUAUUAUUAUUAAAGGUAUGUAAAAUAAUAUUUUCAUGAAUGAUUAUUUUAAAAAAAGGAUUUUAUAGUUAACUUUUUUGAUAAAAAUCCAUUAAGUAUGUUAGGAAUUAGUAAAGCUUAAUAAAACUAAUGCUUUACAGUACAAGAGUUUACCUCAAAUAUAGAUAAAUUAUUAAAAUCUUUAGAAAAAAUAACUGUAGAUGAAUAAGGAUAUUUUUCUCUUAUGGAAUGUUUGAAUGUAUUUAAUUUUUUUAUAAUAAAAUAAUUUAAAAAAGGAAAUAUUUAGCAAUUUUAGUGAGGUUCCUCCUUAUGCACACAAAGAAGUUAUUUUAAUUUAAUCUUCGCCUUCUACAUAAGACAAAGGAGAUUUAUACGAAGAAAUUUAAAAAGCAUAAAAAAUAAAUUAUACUUUCAGUAUUAUUUCAUUAAAUGCAAAAACACAUAUUUUUAAUGUAAUUUGUUAUUUUUUUGGCUAAAAAUAAACUUUUUUUAAAAAAAAGAAAUUAGUUUAAGCUACAUAAGGUAAAUAUGAAACUGUAUUAAAUGAAAAAGAUUAUCGAGAAAUAUUAAGCUAAUAUUGCGAACCACCAGAAUACAAAGAAAAUUAAGUAAAAAAAGAAUUAAUUCCUGUAGGAUUUCCAAAUAAAUUACAUUAGAAAAUGUCUUAUUUAUGCUAAUGCCAUAUACAAUAAAGACAUACUUACUAUGAAUGUCCUUAAUGUAAAGCAAAAAAUUGUGAAGUACCUUCUAAGUGUGCUGUAAAAUAAAGUUGAAAAAAUGUUAUUAUUAAAAUAUAAAUAAAAAAAAGGUUUGUCAAUUAAAUUUAUUGCUUCCUUUGCAUAUAACAAAAAAUUAUUAAUAAAGCACUAACUUAAAAGGUUUUAAAUUAAUAAAUACAGAAAACAUAAUGAAUGACGAAAAUAAUUCUGAAAAUUUAAUUUGUAUAGGAUGUAAUUAUAAGAUAAAUGAUAAUAAGUUUAUUUCUUUGUGCCCUUAAUGUUAAUCAUAUUUUUGUUUAAUGCGAUGUAUUAAUACAUAAAUCAAAAAUGGUUUGUCCUGGAUGUGAUUGAGUUUUAAUUAAGCAAAUAUAUAUAUUAUUGUUUCAACAAAUAUAUUUUAUUUAUGGA